AUGGGCCCCUGUACCGCCUCCUCAUGCUGCUGCCAGGCCCGUAAUCUGCCAUGGGCCCCCGUACCGCCUCCUCAUGCUGCUGCCAGGCCUGUAAUCUGCCAUGGGCCCCGGUACCGCCUCCUCAUGCUGCUGCCAGGUACAGAGUGUCUAAUGGGUCCCUGUAAGGCCUCCCAUUGCUGCUGUCUCCAUCGCCACACUCUGCCAUGUGCCACUUUCAGGUCUCCUCACACUGCUGGUGGGUUCCAUUUUUGUCAUAGGGUGCUGUAUGGCCUCCCAUUGCUGCUGCCUCCACUGCCACACUGUGGCUCCACACUCUGGUUUUGGCCCCGUGACUGCCCAAAUGAGUGAAGUGUGCGGUGAUUCUAAGAUCGACGGCACUCAUCUGCAUGUCAUACUGACUGACAGUAUUAUUUCUCUUCCCCAGCAGACUCCAAGGGCAUUUAAAUUAAAGGUACAGUGUUCUGCACUAAUAUAA